UGUGUUCAUAUGCGUCAUGAUAAUGUAAUUCCCAUUAAUGCUGUAACAACAAAUGACAAUAAAGAGAAUUUGUACUCAUAUAUUUCAUUUAUUUAGGCUAUUUCAGUUUGUAGAGUAAUAAUCUAUCAUGGAAUCUCAACACACGUCUAAAGAGAUCAUUGAUGGUAUAGAAGCUGUAGUACUUGAAUGCUGUUUAUGUAUGGGGCGAUUCUCAAACCCAAAGCUACUGCCGUGUAUUCAUUCGUUCUGCCUUAGUUGUAUUGAAAAGUGGGUGGAAAAAAACGAUGGCGAACUCAGUUGUCCAACAUGUCGUGAAGUUAGUCAAAUCCCAGCUGGUGGACUUCAAAAAUUGCAGAGCAACAUUUUUGUCAUCGGAUUGAUGGAUUAUGUAACUGCACUGAACAUUAAGACGGUACCAAAGUGUGGUUGUAAGAAAGAGGCAGCAUUUUCGUGUCGAGAUUGUGAUGAGCUGUACUGUGGAGAUUGCAGAGAUGCUCACGUAAGGAUGAAGAUGGCACGAGAUCAUUCCAUCAUCACGUUGAAGGAGUUCAACGCCAUUGAUCCUUUGGAACAUUUUGCUUCAAAACCUCUUAAUUGUUUGGAGCAUAAAAUGCCACUUCAGUUUUUCUGUGAAACUGACAAGAUACCAAUUUGUGUCGGAUGCACACUAGUUAAACACCCUAGAGGUCAUGCUCAUAGUAUAGUUGACAUAAAAACUGGAUUUGAAGCAUUCACAACACAUUCAUCACAACUCAUUGAAGAAUCAGAUAUGAAAUUACACGGCUUUCGCCAGAUGGUAGAACAACUGAAAGAGAAAGAGGUAGUAAUGAGUGAAAAUUAUACAAAAUGCGAAACAGAUAUUGCAAGACAAGCGGAUGAGCUCCACCGACUGAUAGAUUGCCAUAAAGACGAACAGCUGCAAGAUCUGAAAGAUUCUCAUAGACAAAAAGUAAAAUUACUUGAAGCACAAGUAUGCCACGUGGAGUUGGCCAUCGGUAAAUUAUCGAGUAUGCGUGGAAUUACACAAAACCUGGCAAAAAGUCCCAACCAGGUUAUGGCACUGAUGUCAAGUGCUAGGGCAUCAGAAAAACUAGAAGAGAUACUGAAGGAUGAGGUCAGUGCAGAGCCUAAAGAACUAGCUGUCUUGGAAUUUAAUGCAAAUCGUAGAUUAUCACACUCACUGGCCAAAAAUGUCGUAGACAGACUAAGUGGUCAAGAACCUCGCAUUUCACCCAAUAAAUCAACGUUUAAUUUUAGUGCACCAUUUUCUCCGCUUUUGGUAAAUACUAAUAGACCUAUUACUAUGUCGGUAACAACUCGAAAUUUGUUAAAUGAAAUUGUGUAUGUUAAGGAUACAAAUGUGAAAUGUUUAGGAAUAUGCCUAGAUGGUUUGUACAAUAGCAGUAUCGUAAUGCAAGAGAUUAGUGUUACCGACAAACAAAAUGGCUGUUAUGAAAUUUGUGGUAGGUAUCCACUUCAGAGGAGUACAUUAAUAUGCCUGAUUAUUGAUAGAUCUGAUGUAUAUGUCAAUACUAUACAAUUUGAUGAACUUGGAAAUUGUUCUGAGCACAGGAAUCACUUUCAACAUCUUUUAAAUUCCUAAAAUCCUUUUGCCUCGCCAGCAAAUGAAUCUUACUUGAAAACUUACAA